CUGAUGGCUGGUCAUUUACCAGCCUGCGUAAUCGACAAUGGCACGGGAUACACCAAAUUGGGUUAUGCUGGCAACUGUGAGCCUCAGUUCAUUAUUCCAUCUGCUAUUGCUGUAAAAGACAAAGUAGCCAGCUCAAAUGCUGCGGCUUUACGUUGGAACACAUCAUCUGGUGGACGAAUAGAUGACCUCGACUUCUUCAUUGGUGAUGAAGCUCUUUCGCCAGCUGCUGCAAACUACUCUGCUAAAUAUCCGAUCCGUCAUGGUAUUGUGGAGGACUGGGAUCUGAUGGAGCGGUUUUGGGAACAGUGCAUCUUCAAGUACCUUAGAGCGGAACCCGAAGAUCACUUCUUCUUGUUGACAGAACCUCCACUGAACACUCCGGAAAAUCGUGAAUACACUGCAGAAAUCAUGUUUGAAUCCUUCAAUGUCCCAGGCCUGUACAUUGCUGUUCAAGCGGUUCUUGCAUUGGCAGCGAGUUGGUCCUCUCGUCCAGGGAAUGAGCGUCCGUUGACUGGAUUGGUUGUUGACUCUGGAGAUGGCGUAACCCAUUGUAUACCAGUCGCGGAAGGUUAUGUCAUAGGGUCAUGUAUCAAGCAUAUACCCAUAGCUGGAAGGGACAUUACUUACUUCAUCCAGCAAAUCUUGAGAGAUCGAGAGCCCACAAUCCCUUCGGACCAAUCCUAUGAGGUGGCCAAGGCUAUUAAGGAAAGGUACUGCUAUGUUUGCCCUGACAUUCUUAAAGAAUUUAUGAAAUAUGAUUCGGAUGGCUCAAAGUGGUUAAAAACUUAUCAUGGUAUCAAUAACAUCACUAAGAAGGAAUUUGUAGUGGAUGUAGGAUAUGAACGCUUUCUUGGACCUGAAAUUUUCUUUCAUCCUGAGUUCGCUAAUCCUGACUUCACGACGCCCAUUUCGGAUACGAUCGAUAAUGUUAUACAACAGUGCCCAAUCGAUGUACGUCGAGGGUUAUACGACAAUAUAGUUUUAUCCGGAGGCUCCACAAUGUUCAAGGAUUUUGCUCGUAAGCUACAGCGAGAUAUAAAACGGAUUAGCGAGAACAGGCUGGCUAUUAGUGAAGCUCUCAGUGGAGGGCAUUUGAAGCCGAAACCAAUUGACGUUCAAGUAAUAUCACACAAAAUGCAACGAUAUGCCGUAUGGUUCGGAGGUUCAAUGUUGGCAUCUACGCCUGAGUUCUAUAAAGUAUCACAUACAAAGGAAGAGUAUAUGGAAAGAGGCCCUUCCAUUUGUCGGCACAAUCCCGUUUUUGGAGCACUCACUUAA